AUGGUGGACGUAGGAAAAGAAAUAGAAAUACCAUGGGUUAAACCGGGAAGAAAAGUUAAAACGUUCAUGUUAGGCAAAGACAUUAUCAUUUUAGUGAGUGGAAAUUUUUUGACAUUCAUCGAAACUUCGAAACCGGAAAAAAACGAACUCAUAUAUAAUGCAAAUAGCGAAGCUCGCGGUGAUGGAAUCGAAUGUUUUGCAACUCAUAAAACUCUUAAUUGUUUUGCAUUUGCUGAAAAAGCUAAAAAUCCAAGGAUUUUAAUUCUUUCAUAUCCGAAUUUUGAAAUUUUCCGAAAAUUCGAUAGUGUGACGGAAUUACAAUAUCAAAGUUUAAAAUUUUCCGAAAUGGAAUAUCUAAUAGCUUUGACCGGAAAAAAUGAUUAUAAAAUUGUUAUUUGGAAUUACAGGACGACGGAUAAAAUUUACGUACAAGAAACUAAAAUGAAAUUUCCAAAACAAAACCUUUGCGUGUCAUGUACGUCACCGAUACAAAUCCUUCAAUAUUCUGCCAAUAAUCAUGAAAUUAAUUUUUGGAACAUGAACGUUUGCUAUAAAAAAACCGUCAUAAAUAAAACAAUUCAAAUCCUUAAUGAAAAUAUUUUGCCGCCAUUUUUUUUUUGCUACGGAGCCGAGGGGGAAUUAUAUUUCAUCGAUUCAACGAGUUCCCUAUAUCACGUAAAUUCGGAAAAUAGAAAAGUUAAUUUACAAAUUCCUGGAUCGGGAAGCAAAGGAUUAGAUUAUACUCCGUGUCUUGUAUGGUACAAAGGCGGUUUAGUAUUUACAACCCACGAAGAAGUACAAUUUUGGAGACGUAAAUCUCCCGAAGGGUGGACUCUAGUUUGGGUCUACAUUCCUAAAAUACCUUUCGUCAAACUUCUUUCAUCUGCGACAAAAGAUAACCUCAUAGGAAUUACUAAAUGGAAUGAAGUUAUGAUAUUUAAAGGAGAAACACAAAUCGAUUGCAUCAAGGUAAGAAGUUACGGAUCCGAUUUUGAAUUUUUUUGUUUUAUUUAUCCGGUCGGAGAAUAUUUUUUAACAUUUGGAAACGUCAUGAAAUGUUUUACAACUUGGAGUAAAAUAACUGGAUUAAAGGCGACACAAAUGACUUGGACUAGAAACAAAGUCACGGCUAUGGAAUCAAAUCCCAAGAGACCCUAUUCGGUUGUUUUAACAGAAGAUGGACGAGUUAUUAUAAUAAACACGUACGAUCCAAAAUUUUUAAUGGAACUCGACGAGAUUUUCCUCACGAGAAAUUCUUUGAACGCCGUCAAAUUUUCCUAUCACGGAAUUCAAUUUUGCGUUGCUAAUAUUAACAUCGGUGAAUUUUUUUUACUCAGGUUGCCCAGCAAGUUAGACGUUGUCGCACAGAUAAAAAUCGAUUUGAAAAUUGUCGAUUUUGGUAUCAACGAAGGAACGGAUGGUAAACUUUUCCUAUUUGUCGUUCCCAUGUCUCAACUUUGCUGUCGUUCAGGUCACAAUUUGAUGAUUUACACGUUACUCGAUAAAUCGAAAACAUUUGAAUGCAUCAAAGAUAUUGCCAUGCCUUGGAUAGUUACGUCCAUAUUACCCUCUCCGGAGUCACUGACUGAACUUUUUUGCGUUCCUCAUAGAUCUCGUCAAUUGUACACACUUAACACCCAAACCGGAAAGGCUGGUCAAAAAAUGAACACCGGUCAUCAAUUGAAACUUUUUUCAGUGGCGUAUCAAAACGGUUCAUUAUUUACGUAUGGUAUCGAUGGCAUCAUAUUUGCUCAUAAUAUCGUUACAAGAAAAUGUUUUACCGCAUUUUCAACUCAUCAUCGUCUUAGCGGAGGAAUAAAAAAAAUAAUUAUCGGUCCAUAUAGAAAAUACGUGGUCAGUUUAGGUGAUGAAGGACCCGUUGUUUGUAUUAUUUUAAAAAAAUUAGCAAAAAUGGAUAUGAAAGACGAAAACGAAGCCAUGUUAUUUUCUCCACUUUUCAAACAAAUUUUUUUCCAUCCUCUGGCUAGCGAAAAAGCAAAAUUAAAAGCGCUCGAAAAAUUACUUUUACAAUAUCCGGGACAAGCAGCCGAAACGAGAGAAGAUUUUGUACAAAAAUCUAAAGUGUGGGAAAAAGCUUGGUUGGAGAGUCAAACGGAAGAAAUUCUCUUUCAAGAAGAAACUACGAAUAAAAAAGAAAAAAUGAACAUAAUCGAAGAAUUGGAUGCCAUCAAACUCAAGAUUAGACAAUUACUCAAUGAAAAUAGUGCAAAUCCUCCGGAUAGACAACUUCCGGUUCAAAAUUUCGACGUGGACAAAACGACACGUCGUAAAAAAUUAGAAGAUGGUAAAACGGAUAGGGAAAAAGCAAAACAAAUAGAAUUGGCAACGAUAAAAAGUUAUAAUAAAAUAAGCGAAAUGAUAAUAAAAAUCUGUUGGGAUAGCAUAUUCGUCAAAGGACGAGAAUUGCACGCCAUAUUGAGGCCGACUAUAAUACAAAGCUAUGCACUUUUACCCGAGAGUCCCCCUUCGAAAAUAUCUAAAAAUUUCACAGACGAAAGAGUCAAAUUGGAAAUAUUUUUUCACAAAGGUGAUUUUUUCGAACCCUGGGUUCCCAUGGACGAAAGCACGUUAGAAAUGCAGAUGAAUACAAAAUUUCAAGUUUCGAGCAUAGACAUAACGGAAACGAUAAAAACAAAAUUCAAAGAAGAACAAUUGGACGAAGAAAGUGGUAAAGCACACGCCGAUAGCAUGAUGGAAAAAUUAUCGUGGUCCGGAACUUCGACUCAUAAUUUCAUACAGAUAAAUCCUUAUCACUACAGUCAAUUUGAAUUGGUUACGUUUUUUCAAGCACACCAAGAAAUCGAAUUGAUUCAGUCGGACAUAAAAAAAUUAAUGCUUUGGUUCAAUAAAGAAUUCAAUGAAAAAUUUAAAUUAAAAGAAAUGGAAGUUGAAUUUUUAAUAGAAAGAAAUAAUCGUUUGCGUCACAUCGUGAACGAACUCAAUUAUUUUCGCUUUUUACCGGAAAUUUGUCAAAUUCAAAUCUACGAUCCUCAAUGGUCUCCAUACGAAAAUCCGGAAACGAUAUUGACCGUCGAAGAUUCCGAGAUAAGCGUACCCAAAUAUAUAUCGGAGAGCGAAAUGGAAAUGAUAGAAUUGAAACAAAUGGAAGAAGAAAGGUUGAGGCAAUUACUAUUGGCUGAUGAUUUCAGAGAAAAAGCACUCAUUCAAAUGAUGGAUGGAGUUUUGGAAAAACUAUGGGAAGACGAAAUAAAAAAAGAUCCACCCAAACCGAAAUGUUUGACGGAUAAAGAACCCGAUGCGUACACCGAUGAAGAUUUAAAAGUAAUAAAACAAUAUGAAGAAUCCAUGAAAAUGUUAAUAAGCGAAAGAGAAAGAUAUAAAAAAAUAUUAGAAGAAAGAUGGCAAAAAACAAUUGCUUCCGUUAAAGAUUCGGUGGCGAAAUUCGAUGAUAAAUUAAUGAAAUUUCAUUUUUUAAAAUUAAAAGUUCAAUCGGCUAUAGAACAGGAAACUUUGAAAAUAUUAAGAAUAAGACUUCGCUGUUUUCAAAAAAUCGAACUGGACAGAAAAGAAGAAAAUAUAAAAUCUCACAUGGUUAAAAACGAAAGGAAAAUUGAAUGGAUAAGUACGGAAUUGAACAAGCUCAACGACACUCUUCAAGAUUGUAAAAAUUUUUACGAUAAUUUACAAGUGAAAGAUAAAAAUUUGGAUAAAAAUUUUAAAAAAGAAUUUUCCGAUUUUUCACCCAUGGUAACCGAACAACUUCAUAAAAUAAGCAAGAAAAGACCCAAACUGUCGCAAAAAGCAACUCUAUAUUCCGUUAUACUUCACGAAAUAGGAAAAUGCGUCGUUUCCAACGUCAAGUCGGAAAAUCUACCAACGGAAUGCAUACAAUAUUUAAAAGAAAUCGAUGCUUUGGACAGUCACAGCAACGCUCCAGCAACCGUUAAUCAACAAUCAUGGGAUCUUGUUUGUAAAUUAAGAAGAGCGAAAAUCGAAACGGAAUUAAAAAUCAGAGCUUGUGCAAACGAUUUAGCCGAAGCUGAAGCAACCGUUGCCACAUAUGUCAAAGCAUUGAAACACACGAAAGACCAACAAUCGCAAUUGAUGCACAAUUUACAAGAUUUAAGAAACGAAAGACUUAAUUUAUUGACAAACAAUCAAAUUCAAUUGGUUAUGAAAAAGGGACUCGUCGAAGUUGCCCUAUCAGGACAAAUAUCAGAUUUCGACGAUUGCAUAUUGACAACAAAACAAAAAUUAAUGGAAGUUAACAAUUCUAUAAAAAAAAUGGGUUUGCAAAAAAUAAAAGCGAUGCGUAAAGCGGCAAAUUUUAGAAAAGGAAUUAUUUACAACGAAUGGGAACAUAAAAAAUUAAAAAUGGAAAUUGAAGAUUUAAAAGACAAACUUGAAACCGUGCAAAAAUUCAAGGUUUUAAAAGAACUUCAGUCUAUAUUAGUUGCUCGUGCGAGAGGAUUUUCAGACGAAAAAGGUUUUUUAUAUCUUGAAAAUGAAAUAGCCAAAGCAAAAGAUAAAUUUCUAAAAGUUCAAGAGGAAUUAUCAUCGAAAAUAGAUGAAUUCGAUUUAAAAAUUCAAAAAAUAAAUCAUAAAAAUGAUAUAUUGAAUAGAAAAAUAGAAGAAUUAAAUGUCGAAGUCAACGAAAUGAAUUUGGAAAACGAUAAAGAAUUUGACGAUAUUAAUUUUCAAGCGAAUCAAUUAAAGUUUGUUAAUGAAAAAAAUCCGAGAGAAAAGUAA